AUGCUUUUACUCUUAAUUAUUUUGCAAUUUUUUGCUCCCAUUUUUGGCAAACCUCUCAUACCAUCAAACUAUGCAAAGCUUCAAUUAUAUCAAUCUCCUGAUCUCAUGUACUAUAUUCAAAAUCUCGAACUUGGGUCUCCACCUCAAUCCAUCUCAAAUAUAAUCCUUGACACUGGAUCUUCAGACUUGGUGGUUACCAACGAGACCUACAACCUGUUGAAAUCGCAUGCAUACUCAAAUACUUUGGAGUCAUAUCCAGAAAAAUUUGGUUCAACUGACCUAUUUUAUGUUAACAAGGUUGAGGACACCUUCGGAGGAAGUUUGUGGAAAAUUAAAGAGUUUACGUUCGCAUUGGCCAACAGAACGGAUUUGGACUCAUUUUCAGGUAUUCUUGGUGUGGGUUACAUGGCCAACGAGGCAAUGAAGGCCAACCAAUAUGAAAACCUCCCUGUCAAGUUGAAAUCUUCCAAGAUUACCAAAAGAGCUAUGUUCAGCAUCAACGGCCAAUCCAGCAACCCUUCGAUAGUUUUCGGUGGAGUUUAUUCCAGAAUUUUCAAAAGUCCCUUGACUAAGAUGCCGUUCACCAGACAGGUGGGAAAUUUUUCGACUUUGGCAUACAACAAUUUACUCUCCUUGACAGUGAACUCUAUUGAGGUGGGUGGCACCGUUGUUUCCAACCAGAAGCUAAUGUAUGAGAUAGAUAGUGGAGCUAAUGGGUUUGCUACCACCAUCCCAGUGCUCAAUAAUAUACUUGUGGCUCUUGGAAACGACUUCCAAGUUAUCCAAGACAAUGUAUACUACCCUAUAGAGAAACUUAAAGAAGUAUAUAUAACUGUCGAUGUCCAGGGAUUCGUGAUAAAAUUCCCCAUCAUGGAUAUUGUUGGUGACAGGCAGGUUGUGCAAGGUAUAGAGUAUGGAGGGCUCAAUCUUGCACCUGUAAUGAUAGGAACCAACUCUUACCAUGGCACCUUGCCCAAUUGCAUAUUGCAGUACUACUACACUGUUUACGACUUGGAAGAAAACUUUUUUCUCAUUGGAGAAUACGCCGGUAAGGACGAUAGCCACGUCGGGAUAGUUUCUAACAAUUAUGAUGUUGCAACCGUUUCCGCACCCAAGGCAGCAGAGACAUACUCAGUGCUAUACCAGGACUAUUUGGAAACAACACUAACACCUAGCACGGAAUCUGCAGAAAAUUCACAAACUCCAUCAGAAAUUGCAACGGAUACAAGUUCGUCUAUAUAUAUUUCUGGGUCUUCAUCUACUGCAAUUUCUACGGUACUGCCUUCUACUAUUCUGGCAAAUCCAUCGUCUACCUCCUCGCCCUGUAGACGGAAAAUUCGCAGCCAUCCAUAG